CUGUUCAUAGACACAUACAGUCACGGGCUUGAAACAGAACCAGGAGCAGGUCGACAGCAAGGAAAGCAUAAUCACUGAAAAUGAAAAGUACAACGUCCGUAUCGUAAAGCGGAGGUACGCUGUGACUCAGACACCGCGCACUGGGAAGCCUGCUCUCUGCGUUCUCUGGCCUACUACUGCAGCUGCGGCUGGGAUUUUCUUGAUCCACUUUCACAAUUUGGGAAAAGGGGUCAUUUCACGCGCACAAACGAAGUGGUUUCAGUAUGAAUGACACUUGUCAACAUGCAAAUGAAAAUGGAACAAUGCCAGUGUGAUUGGGCAAUAUGUCCUUUCUCUCAGUAAACUCAUCCACAGGUGCCAGAUCUGCUAGAAAGUAGAUGGAAAAGCAUCACCUGUCAACAGACAAACAGACACUUGGCUUUGACCCUGAUUCCUCUUGUCUCAUCUUUCUGUGGGUUAAAAUCUAAGCACUGCAGCUUACUCACUUAUCAUUCCUAGAGACGCCUUAGAGAUCUGACCCUGGAGGAUCAGGACCUGCCUCUCCCUGAUAGGGACACACGAGCCUUAUGGAACGAUGUAUGUACGAGAAAUUCAGAUGGGUGUAUGGUAGCCAGAGUUAUUGACACAUCUGCUCAAAAUGGAUGCAGGUCUGUCUGACAUCUGCACAUCCCCACCAAGCCCUGAUUUUAGUCUGGACUCAUCCAGUCCGUUUGCAAAUGGACUACACUUUGAGUCAAUUCUGUUUGAAGAUGAGGAAGAGGAUGAAGUUAUGGAUCCGGAGCCAGUGUCUCAGCCAGAAAGGAACUUGUGUGGCUCCACGAGCGAUUGUACAACAAAUACAAAUUUAAAGACAAACUUGGAUGGCAAGUCUAGAAGGAAAAAUUCAAAGGCUCACUCAUCCCUGGAGCAAGAUGUGGUUUUUCAGGACAAGGCUAAAAGUGAUAGUGGGCUCUCUACUCUUGUGAGCAGACCUGGUGGGGUAUUAAUGAAGCAGAAGAAAAAAUCAAAAACAAAGGCUCUACCGCCAGUGAAAUAUUUAGAGGGUGAAGUAAUAUGGGCUAAAUUUAACCGAAGACCAUGGUGGCCAUGUCAGGUGAUCAUUCACCCUCUUGAGGGAGUUUAUCACAAAAUGAAAGAGCCACCAGAUAGAACAACUCGUCAGUAUUUCCUCAAGACAUUUGGGGAACCUGAAGAACAGGCAUGGGUUCCCGAGCGAUCUACUCAUAUAUUUGUUGGUGGAUAUCAGUUUAACAAUCUCCCUUUUGUGAAAGGAAGUGGACACCAAAGAGACGAAAACACCAGGCACUCUAUACCCAAGCGUUUUCUGAACUCUUGGAGUGCUAGUGUGGUCGCAGCUGAAGCACUUCUACUGGAGAAACCAAGGGUCACUUCUCCAUCCUCAGCCUUCAAAACAAUCUCAGAAGAAACUAUAAAUAACACUGAAAUCAAAGUGUCUGUACCAGUGGAUUUACCCAACAGCAGUUUCCUUAUCAAUGGAGCAGUUAUACAAAACAACCACCUGAACAGCUUACCACAUAAUCGCAAGUCUAAAAACAAAAAGAAACCAACUAUAUCACACUGCAGAAUAUCUGAGGAACUUAAUUGUGAGAAGGGUAUGAUUAUGGAUGCCCUGGACAGUCCAUACUCUGACAUUGAUUCUGUGCCACAGAUCCGCAGAUUUCCCAAAAGCAACGAGCAGAUAUCCAAUCACUACGUUAUUAAUUAUAAACAAUCAAGCGCAACCCCAACUGUGCUUCCCAGUACAAAUGACAAAGACGUAAAGAAGAAUGUGGAGAACCAAGGUGGCCUUUGGUUCAGCAAAACUGGUAAAGGUCAAGUUAAUGGUAUUAGUCGUGCUGGAAUUAAAUCUGUGAAUUGUUCUUUUGGAAAGGUAUCUUGUAAAAUUAAGAUGCCAGAUUCUGCAAGCAUGAAACCCAAGGACAAUCACAACACCGGACUUGAACAUCUGUCUACCGAAGCCAAGAAAGCUUUAGAUAGGAGAGUGAAGUGCCUUCCAGCAAGUAGUCGCCUUAUGACAAGAGCACUGAAGGCAAUGGAGGAUGCAGAGUGGACGAAGGAGUCAAGCUCAGAUCUUGAAACAAAAAAUUGUGUAUCUUCUUUUGAUUCUCCGUCACUUGAAACAUCUGAUGUACACAACAGCAUCCUUUUACAGAAGAUGCCAACUGCUGCAAUCCAUGAUCUGAAAGAAGACUCCAAAAUUAGCACACACGCAAAGCUGUCUUCAGAACUUUUAUGUUGUAAAGAUGAUGAGCAUUCAGUCAAAUCUGAAGAUGAAUCUUCUUUAGUAUCUCAAGCACCUUGUGCCUUUCAUUCAUCCACAAGAAAACAAAACAGUCACGUUAAUGAUUUAUCCUCCAGUCCUACUCCAUCUUUGCACUUAAAUCUAAAAGAUAUGGACAACAUGAACGAAAUAUCCUUCAAGUCACUAGCAAAUGAACACAGUGGCCAGCCUUUGUCAUUUCAUCCUGAUUCAAACUAUAAGUUCAGCACAUUCCUGAUGAUGCUCAAGGAUAUGCACGAUAGCCGCGAAAAAGAUGGAAAUGUUUUAGUAGUAGAGCCAUUACCCACAACUGAACUUAUCAAUGAGGAGCCGUUGCUGAUUUCAGAUGUGAAGGAUGAGAAAGCAACAUCCAAGCAGAAGAAGGUUAAACCGAAGACCAACGUCAUGUCAGAAAAUCACCUAGCCUCUACUAUUUCGAAAACCGCUCAAAGAUCUAGCAAAAAAAUAAGUUUGAAAAAGAAAACCACUGAUAUAAAAGCAAACAUCGACUACAAAUCAUUUGACAAACUGAUAUCUGCACACAGACUUACCUCAAAAGAAGCAGAAACCAAUUUCUCAGCCAACGUGCCCAAAAAGCGUUGGCAGAAGUUUGAUCAAGUUAGUGAAAAAACGGUUCACAUUGUCGAAGGUAACUGUAUUCACAAGACUGAAAGAGUAUCUUCAGAAAAUUGUGAUGUUUCAAUGGAUGGUACAAACAAGUCUUGCUUUUUUGGACCUGAAACUACAAGUAAUGCCUUGGAAUGCAAUCAAGGCAACUGUCAAAACACUGAAGCCCCAACAGAAUGCAAACGAAUUAGAAAGCCUAGUAAAAGACUCAUUGAAUGGACAGAAGAAUACGAUCAGUUGUUUUCUGCUAAGAAGAAAGCAAAAAAGAAACCUGACUCAGUUACUAAGAUUGAAAACCAAAAAUGCAGUGAACCAGUGGCGAAAACAUAUGAUGAAGUUAAACAGAAACCUCAGGUAACAGAACAAGAUGUUUCAAGACGCCUGCCAGAAUUACAAACUCCUCCUCCAGAAGACCAGUCCCAAAGCACUCCUUUAAUAAACACCUUACCAUGUCAAGAGAGUCAAGUGUUGUCUGCAGAAACGCUGACUCCACCUCCAGAAAUAAUCCCAUCACCAUGUGAUAAUAUUUCCAAUAGGGACCAGCUUCAAAGACAAAAUCCUGUAGCCGUUGGUGACAGUGUGUGUCUAAACUCAAAGAGACAGCGCAAACCCACAAAAAAGAUUUUAGAAAGCUCCAUUGAAGCAGAACCAAUUCUCAUUCCUAAAAGAAAGAUGAAGUCGAUGAAGAUUUGCUCAUCAGGACAUUCUACAAAUUCAGGAGUGGAACAGCAAUCAUCAAAAAGUAAGAAUAAGCUGAGUAUUGAGUCCAGUGAUCCACCAUCUGACCCAAUGCUAAAAAGCACAGAGAUGGAGAUAGACGUUUCCCCUGCAGUGCUGCAAACAAUCAAUACAGAAUCAGCAGACGAUGGUUCAGAUACUCUCAGAUGCUCAGGUUCACAGAUGACUGAAUCUAGUGAGUUCUAUUCUGAAAGAGAAGAAAAUUCCCAAUCUGACAAAGUACUCUUGGAUAGUAGAAGGCUCUCAGAAGAGAAAGGUGGCAGUACUUCAGUCAAGGAAAAUGUGUGUCCGAUGUGUGAGAAGCAGGGAGAUCUUCUCCUGUGUGAAGGUCAAUGCUGUGGAGCGUUUCACCCACAAUGCACUGGCCUAAAUGAGCCUCCCACAGGGAAGUUUUUGUGUCAGGAGUGCACGUCUGGUGUACACUCAUGCUUCGCUUGUAAGCGUCUGGGUGAAGACGUCAGGCGCUGUAUGGUUCCCGGAUGUGGAAAGUUCUAUCAUGGGGAGUGUGCUGCCAGCCAUGCACCUACAGUACCUCUGAACCGAGCCUUUCGUUGCCCUCUUCAUGCCUGCCUGUCAUGUUUUAUCCUAAACCCUGCCAAUCCAUCUGUAGCUAAAGGCCAGCUAACCCGCUGCAUCAGAUGCCCUGUUGCAUAUCACUCCAGUGAUUUCUGCAUUCCUGCUGGCAGUGUCACACUCACCGACAGCAACAUAGUGUGUCCAAAUCACUUCACCCCAAGAAAAGGCUGCCGCAACCACGAGCACGUCAACGUCAGCUGGUGCUUUGUCUGCUCAGAAGGAGGUAGUCUACUGUGUUGCGAGUCCUGUCCUGCGGCAUUUCACCGAGAGUGUUUGAACAUCGACAUGCCAGAAGGAAGCUGGUACUGCAAUGACUGUCGUGCAGGAAAGAAACCCCACUACAAGGAGGUGGUGUGGGUUAAAGUGGGCCGCUACAGAUGGUGGCCAGCUGAGGUUAGCAAUCCCAAAGACAUUCCCGAGAAUAUCCUGCGCAUGAAACAUGAUGUUGGAGAGUUUCCAGUUCUCUUCUUUGGCUCUAAUGAUUACCUUUGGACUUACCAAGCCCGUGUUUUUCCUUACAUGGAGGGUGAUGCCAACAGUAAAGAGAAAAUGGGAAAGGGAGUUGACUCUACCUAUAAAAAAGCUUUGGAUGAAGCUGCAUUAAGGUUCAAAGAACUGCAGGCAGAGAAAGAAUUGCGGCAGCUGCAAGAGGACAGACGCAAUGACAAGAAACCUCCACCAUACAAACAAAUUAAGGUAAACAAACCAUUUGGAAAAGUGCUGAUAAUCUCAGCAGACCUUUCUGAGAUUCCUCGCUGCAACUGCAAAGCGACGGAUGAGAACCCUUGCGGGAUGGAUUCAGAGUGCAUCAACCGCAUGCUGCUGUAUGAGUGUCACCCACAGGUGUGUCCCGCAGGUGAGCGCUGCCAGAACCAGUGCUUCAUCAAACGCCAGUACUGCCAGGUGGAGACCUUCAGGACACUGUCUCGAGGCUGGGGGCUGCGCUGUGUGCAUGACAUCAAAAAGGGCGGAUUUAUAAGUGAAUAUGUUGGAGAGGUGAUUGAUGAAGAAGAAUGCAGAGCCCGGAUUAAACAUGCUCAGGAGAAUAAUAUUGGCAAUUUCUACAUGCUUACAUUGGACAAGGAUCGAAUUAUUGACGCCGGUCCCAAGGGAAAUGAAGCCCGUUUUAUGAACCACUGUUGUCAGCCAAACUGCGAGACUCAAAAAUGGACAGUCAAUGGAGACACACGUGUUGGGCUUUUUUCACUUACAGAUAUCCCUGCUGGCACAGAGUUAACAUUCAACUAUAACCUUGAGUGUCUGGGCAAUGGAAAGACUGUCUGCAAGUGUGGUGCAUCUAAUUGCAGUGGAUUUCUGGGAGUGAGGCCGAAAAACAACCCUCCAUCAGACGAUAAAGGCCGUAAGCUGAAGAAGAAGCGCAAAUCCCAGCAGGAAGUGAUCAAGGAGCGAGAGGAUGAGUGUUUCAGCUGUGGAGACGGAGGACAGAUUGUGUCCUGCAAGAGACCAGGCUGUCCUAAAGUUUACCAUGCAGACUGCCUCAAUCUCACCAAGAGACCUGCAGGACGUUGGGAGUGUCCUUGGCAUCAGUGUGACUUGUGUGGACAGGAAGCUGCUUCCUUCUGUGAGAUGUGCCCUAGCUCCUAUUGUGUCGAACAUCGAGACGGCAUGCUUUUCAUAUCCAAACUGGAUGGGCGACUAUCAUGCAGUGAGCACGACCCCUGCGGCCCAGAGCCCCUGGAGCCUGGCGAGAUUCGGGAAUACCCUGGAGAACUAAGGCCAACCUACCCUAUAAACAUCAUCAAAUCUGCCAAAAACAAAUCCCACAUCCUAAACACCCCUAAGGCUGUCCCGCAGGCUCCCUCUCCCCUUGAUGUAGCCCCUCAGGUCUCCCCCAGCCCCUCUUGUAGCCCUCCACCCCUCACAAUCUUUUUAAAUGGUCCAUAUUCCCCCAAUUCAUCGUAUGAAGAAAAAAAAGAAGAGGAAGAAAGUGUGACGCUAUUAGAAAAGGAUGGGGAGAAGAGCGUACCUCGAGAUAAAUCAGAACGACUAAGGAUAAAGAAAAAAACCGAAGUAUGAAGGUUGAAACUGUUGACUGAUCUGGGGGUUCAGUUUCCCAAUAGUCCUCUAUACUAGCCAUGUUCUUGUUUUCUGCUGAAAGUGUUUCGUUUGCUUUGAGUUCCAUUCAUCAACCUUUCAUUACAACAUACUUGAAGAUGCUCAAAACAGUUUGCGUCUCCUUCCUCAAUAUCUCUUGUAGAUUGUACAAGAUGAAAAUGAGAUUUAAGGCACUGAUUUCAACACAGAUAAUGCGGUUCCCACUUUGUGCAGCAUCAUGGGAUGUCAUGAUUUUGGCCAUUGUAAAGGCUCAUUCACACUGAACGCGUCUUUGCGUCUAAAAAAAGGCAAAUGAGAUGCAGUGACAUCGAAUACACAAGACAUGCCACUCGUAUCCUUUUUAAUGGGGAAAAGUGUAACUGACAAUAUGGCGAAUACAACCCUGCCUACUAGUACAGGAGCCAAUCAUCGAUCAAUAUAGACUGACAUUACUCUGGGGGAGGGGCUUGGAGCGUGAGUUACUGCAGAUUGUGUGAUUUUGAUGUUUAGAAAUGAAACUAAAGAGAGAGUUUUGUUUAAUUUUAUUGGUGAUUCCUAACAUGAGAUUUAAUCGUAAGCUUUGCAAGCAAUUUUGGAGAACUUGAUGUUUCCCCAUUUAAAAGGAAUGCCCGAGCAUACUGCCCGAGAGGUGCUUCAAAAAUGGCAUUCUUCAUCGAGUCAAAUACUAAUGUCCAGUAGUGUUACCAAAGCACUUGCAUUUGUGCUGUAGAUUUGCUCUGUGAGCAAAUGGUACAGAACUUAAGCUAAGGUUACCUUUUCUAUUGAAUAACUGGUUCAUAUAUUAAAGUCCAAAGUAUUCUUUAUUUGGGCAAAUUCUAUAUUCACAUUUGAUCUUUGAUCAUAUGGUUCAUGUCUAUUGACAAAAAAGAUGGAUGAAGUAUACUUUCUUUAAGUUUGAGAAGUGAAGCCAAAAUAACUCAGGGAAGCCACUUUUGAAGUAUGACCAUCUAACUCCUUGCGUAUUAACUAAUGUCUAUAUAAUGGGUCUUUGGUUGUCUGUCAUUUUGCUGCAUUUAUCGGACAUCCAACCCUGAAUAUCCUGAUUUUCCCAGGGAGAACCAGCUCAUUUGCAUUUAAAGGAACAGGCACAAAACAGCUAAAAUUCCCUCUAACCCACGAGUUGACAUUUUCAACAGGGUUUAAUAAAUGCUCUGAUGAGUAUUUUAAGAUGAAACUUAAUACUUUCUGGACACACAACAGACUUAUUUUCCAUCUUGUAAAAAAGUUAAAUUAGCAGUCCUUUAAUGUGAAGAAUAAAUGCCCUGUAUUAUAAUAUGACUUGUUGUAGGACUAGUCGUGGAUAUUUAAUUCACCCCAAUAUGGGCCUGUUGUGUUUGCAUAUACUAAUGCAACAACUUCUGCUUGACUAUGUGGAGAAUACAUUUAACCCACAAUCGAAAAGCUUGUCUGUACUUAGUCAGAGCUUAAUUUGUUCUGGAACACUCCAGAUCCUUUACCUCUGAAAUCUGGUACGCCACCUCAUUUUACGAUGCCCCUUCUCAACAGCCCUCCUCCCUCAUCCGCUGUUCACAUUCACUUUCUUCCACGUGUCCUUUCUUCCACAACUCCCUAACCCUCUUCAUUUUAGUCUGCAACACCCUCCCAUUUCCCCGAUCUUUACUUUCAUCCACGACACCUCUCCAUCCACGGGUAACCUGCCGGAUCUGUUACCCCAAACUGUUCCGGGACCUUGCAAUUCACAAAUUUAGCACUGUACUAAGUAUAUAUAUUUUAGAAACUGCAGGCCAAAUUUAAUCUUUAUAUUCUGCUAUUUUUGUCUAUUAAAUUACAUGAAGCAU